GGGAGCGGGGCCGGGAGCGGGGCGGAUCCGGAGCGCCGCCGCCGCGAUAAAUAGGGGCAGGCGGGGGCGGCGCAGCUCCCAGGGCGGCCGGAGCGCAAACCGCAGCCAGGCUCAGGCCACCGCCGGCGAGGACCAUGGCGCUGCGGGCGCUCGCGCUGCUCGUCACCCUGCUCGCCUGGCCCGGGGGCCGGGCCCUCGUCCCCCCCGGCGAGCUCAAGCAGCUGUCGGCGGCCGGCAGCAAGUACAUCGACGCCGAGGUGGAGAACGCCAUCGACGGCGUGAAGCAGAUGAAGACCCUCAUGGAGAAGAGCAGCAAGGAGCACGAGGCCGUGCUGCACACCCUGGAGGAGACCAAGCGCAGGAAGGAGGAGGCCGUGCAGCGGGCGCAGGCGGCGGAGCGGCGGCUGGCGGCGCGCCGGGCCGCGUGCAACGGCACCGCCGCGGCGCUCUGGGACGAGUGCAAGCCCUGCCUCAAGCGCACCUGCGUGCGCUUCUACUCCAGGAGCUGCCACAGCGGCUCCGGGCUCCUGGGGCGGCAGCUGGAGGAGCUCCUGAACCGCUCGUCGCCCUUCUUGCUGUGGCCGGACGGCGAGCGGCUGGAGGCGCUGCUGGAGCGCGCCCAGCGCCAGGAGCGGCGCUUCGAGGACCUCGAGGAGCACUUCGAGCUGCUGGAGCACGGCGUCGCCGACGUCUUCGAGGAGAGCGCCCGGGCGCCCGUCGCCCUGCCCUUGGGCGCCUGGCGCCGGCCCGGCCUCAGGCGCCCGGGCACCCGCCGCCGCCGCCACCUGCACCCCUUCUUCCCGCACCCCGCUUCCGGCUUCCACCGCUUCUUCCAGCCCUUCCUGGAGCUGACGCAGCGCAUGGUGGAGGACGCGCAGCGCGCCGCGGACUGGGAGCCCUGGCAGCGCCCGCUCGCAGAGUCCCGUAACGCCAGCGACGACCGCGUCGUGUGCCGGGAGAUGCGGCGCAACUCCGCCGGCUGCCUGAAGAUGCGGGACGAGUGCGAGAAGUGCCGGGAGCUCCUGUCCGUGGAUUGCUCGGAGACGGACGCGGAGCAGAGCCUGGCGCGGGAGCAGCUCGAGGACGCCCUGCGCCUGGCCGAGAGCUUCAGCCGCCACUACGACGACCUGCUGCGCGACUUCCAGGCCGAGAUGCUCAACACCACCAGCCUCCUGAAGCAGCUCAACAGGCAGUUCGGCUGGGUCGCGCGCCUGGCCAACCUCACGCAGGACGAUAGCGGCUUCCUCCAGGUCACCACGGUGCUCUCCAGGACCCCCAACCCGCAGGACCCGUCGGCGCUGCCGGACACGCAGGUGACGGUGCAGCUCUUCGACUCGGAGCCGCUGGAGCUCACGGUGCCCGGCGACAUCGCGUGGGACGACCCGCGCUUCAUGGAGCUCGUGGCCGAGCAGGCGCUGCAGCACUACAAGCAGCUCAGCCCCGAGUAGCCGCCGGGCGCCGCAGCCCUCGCGCCCGUCCCGCGCUGAGCGGGGCGCCCACCCCGCCGCCUGCCCCCCGCCGCGGGGGGCCCCUUCGGCGAGGGGGUCCCCAAACGGAAAAUAAAGGUAGAGUCCAAAGCC